AUGGCUGCCUUGUGCAAUCCCAGACGAGGCGGAGAAUGGAUCCGAGAUCUCCUGACCGAUCCUCACACGGAUAGUUCGUCCUGUCAGAUAGGAUGUAAACCAGUUCAGCAAGCUCCCACAGAAUCCGAGGCGGUCCAGCUUGGCGACGGCAAUACGAUGGUUGACUUUGUCGAAGGCAGCGGAGAGAUCAGUAUAUAUUGCGUCAGUUUGCGAACGUUCAGUGAAGCUAUCAGUCACGACGAUCUUCCCGGUCAAGCCUUGCUAGAUGUAGUAUUCGCAAGACUGAACCUGAUAGAGACUGCCUAUUUCGGAAUACGUUAUAUAGAUCAGGAUAAUCAGACGCACUGGCUGGAUCCGGCCGCACGGUUGUCACGGCAGCUGAAAGGCACCAAAGCACCCUUCGACCUGUACUUUGGGGUUAAAUUUUACGCUUGCGAUCCCUGCAAGCUGGUGGAGGAAAUCACGAGGUAUCAGCUUUAUCUGCAGGUCAAACAGGAUAUCCUCCAGGGUAGGCUUCCGGUAUCUUUUGAACUGGCCGCCGAGCUAGGCGCUUAUGUUGUGCAAGCCGAACUGGGUGACUAUGACCCUCGCAAGCAUCCUCCCGCUUACGUGUCCGAAUUCCGGUUACUGAACAAUCAGACGAAAGAAAUCGAAAACCGCAUCCAUGAGCUGCACAUGCAGCUUAAGGGUAUGUCCCCCUCGCAGGCUGAGUUUAACUACCUCGAUAAGGUUAAAUGGCAUGAUAUGUACGGAGUGGAUCUCCAUCCGGUGCUGGGAGAGGACAGUGUGGAGUAUUUUCUAGGACUAACGCCAGGUGGGAUCGUGGUCUUGAGGAACAAAACUACGGUUGCACACUAUUAUUGGCCUCGAAUAGCAAAGGUUUACUUUAAAGGACGCUACUUUAUGUUACGGGUCUGUGAUAAGAAUAAUGAGAUUAGCACAUAUGGCUUUGAAACGCCAAAGAAAAGUGCCUGUAGGCAUCUCUGGAAAUGCUGUGUAGAGCAUCAUUCUUUCUUCCGACUUGUUCGUACUGCUCCGAUGCAAGCAAUUUCUGGAGCAGCUAGUUUGACAUCACUUAGCUCCAAAUUUAGGUACAGUGGACGUACCGAACGACAGCAAAUAGCGGAUGUUAUGUCCCAGCAGCGUGCGCCACCAGCAUUCACACGAACACCCUCUCGAAGACAACCGCGCCGAAUAAUUGACGAAAAACAGGAAGAAAAGGUUUUCGAUACUCCAAAAUACAUCCAACAGGAAAUCAAAUCAGUAUCGAUACCUCAACCAGCCCAAACGUUUGAUAGUCCUUACCGUUCUACUUGCAGUAUUCCAGCUGCACUAAACACUAGUAGCAAAUCUUAUCCCGCUCCGCCGGAUUCUCCAAGAAGUACCCGCAGCGCUCCUUGGAUGCGGUCACAGCAGCGGGGUCUGUUCGGCAUCAACUCGAGCCCGAAAUCAGUGCGAUCUGUUUCCACCAGGAUGAGUGCACCGGCCAAUACCAAUCGGAUGCGAUCCAGUUCGGUGGAAAGUCACUCCAGUAAUGACUCUCGAUCCGGUCGGCGACGCAGGCAUCGAAGCAGGCGAGUCUCGGACAAUGAAAGCGAAAUGUCACGCGGAUCGGGUCGCUCCGGCCGGUCGCACAACUCCCACCGUAAACACCGACGGCAUCGUUCCAAAAACCGUCGUAAUCGCUCCGAUACGGAAAGUCGUGAUCGUAGCUAUUCGAGUCAUCGUCGCUCUACGGAAUCCAUCGAAUUGGUAGACUCCGGUGAACAAUGGCUAGAGGUACAAAGAAAACAAGCGGAUAAUGUCCAGAAGGCGGCUGUCAUCAAGAGCAGUCAGGUGUUGAAGGGCUCCACGCCGGACUCGGGAAUUGUGCACCACCAUCGUAGCCGACGGCAUCGAAAGCAUCGCUCACCAUCGGAGAAAAUCUGGUCUAGUGAACUGACGAAACAUUUGCAAUUCGAUCUUGUCGAUACCACUGGCAUGACUGAGGAUCAACUCAGGGAAAUACCCUAUACGGUGGUGGAAACCGAUCAUCUAGCUACCAAAAAACCGAACUCCCUCAAGGUGCAUAAAACUAGUCAUCAUGUUAAUCAGCGGAUCGAUCGGAUACGCGAGUAUCCGAAGGAAAACGUUAACGACAACAUGAGUGGAGUAAACGGUUCAAUCCGGUCAGCCAGUACCAUAAGCUCAUCCAGGGAUUACGAUAGGAACUCGGGUUUAAUAAGAAUGAUGUCCAGCAUGAGUAUGGGGGACUUCAUCUCUCCAACAGGAUCCAGUUUAAGUCCACUGGAUAGCUCCGGAUUGCGUGUAAGUCAUGAGCAUACCGACUCAGGCUUAGGAGCAGAUCAAGAUUACGCGUAUUCAUCGGAAAGGUCCAGUGACAGUGCUAAAUACGGUACCAACAAAUCGUCGGGAGCAUCGGUAACCUCAGCUCACACCAAAUCAUCCUCGUCGAACAACAUGAAGAAUCAUCAUCAUUCAGUGAGUAGUAAUAGUACAACUACUACAACUCGGAAGCCACCACUGUGCCCAAGUCGGCAGCAGAAGCUUCCGGGCCCGAUCAUUCCCGGUGUUCAUAGCACUUCCAGUGCACCUAACAAUCGUUUAAUCAAUAGCAGUAACACACAUUUUCAAAACAAUCACUACACGUUUAGCCUAACGCGGCAGAGUGCGUCUUCGGGACAUGGAAGUCGCCCUGCCUAUGGGUCUAGUACAGGUUUAGGGUUAAAUGCGUAUGGUUAUCUAGACUCGGCUGCUACACUGUCAUCGACCUCACCGUACCACUAUUAUUACGAUGGUACCGGAUUCCGCAGUGCAGCCAACCAACCGUGCCUGGUUGGGCUGCCUGGAUACGAGAACUCUCGACUUGGUUCCAUUCGUGGAACCAAAUCAGACAUAGGAGUUCCCAUUCGACCGAAAACCCAUCGCCAUCAACAGUAUAUUACUAGCGUGCACAGCCGACUAGCGAAUGGUGUUAGUAAGCGGGCUAUGAUGCCGUCCACCAAAACGGACUAUCUAGAGAAUUAUAAGACUGGGCUAGAAAGACUUAAGCUUUCCAACAAUCAAAACAAUGGCAACAGUAGCAAUAGCCACAGCCCGCCAGAGGCUUUCAUCGGGUUGUUGAACACGUCCGUUAGUGUUCAGAACAUCAUAAAUAAUAAUUACCAGCCGGCUCCGGCUUUUAAAGGCAGCGGAACCGGUUCGGUGUGCAGCAGUCCCGGCAAUAACGGACAGGGUAUGCUCGGAAAGGGAAAUGACCGAGUGGGUCCACUAGUUUUUUUGGACUCCAAUCAGAAUCGUAACAGUCCCGCCCACGAGGGCCACUCAUUUCAGGCGAACUUUGAGGCAGCUGCCAAUGGAUCGCCGGCUGGCGCCGCUAGUGAUAGCAGCACCACUGAAGCGCGACACGCCAGAAAGCAUCCAGCAAGCGGUGGCGGCAGCAGCGGUGGUGGCGGAAGCGGAAGACCGACUCCACCGAUUCCGUCCACAAGCGAAUCUAACCCGGCCAGUACGGGAUUGGACUUCCAGCGAAAAAACUCACUCAACAGUAAGAUCGAUACCACGGGAAGCGGAAAGCGUUCGUCCAGUCUAGAACUCAUACUAACACCCAUUAUUCAGAGCAGACGGUAA